AUGACAAAUUGUUUAAAUGAAGAUUCAUCUAUAUCUCGAGAAUUUAUCAAUGUCAAUGUGGGCAAACGGAUACGAAUAGAAUGUGAAUUAAAUAAUUCAACUAUAAAUGGAAAUAAAAAAGGUUUAUGGUUACGUUUAGAAGAUGCUGAAGUAUUUUUCUAUUCGACAAGUCGUAUUAAUUCUGAUCAACGUUUUCAAAUUGAACAGCGUUCCAGUCUUCAUAUGAUUAAUAGUACAUUAUCCUAUGAAAUAAUUACAUAUUCAUUGAUUAUUGAUGAUAUACAUUUAACCGAUGGUGGAACAUAUUCAUGUCAAGCAGAUAAUAAAAUAAUCAAACUAUUUAUAUUAAAUAUUGUUGAACGACCUUAUUUUAUUACACAUGAAUAUUCAACAUUAUUACGUACACAAAUUGGAAGAAAUAUAUCUAUUACUUGUGAAGCACAAGGCAAACCCGAUCCAUAUCUGAAUUGGAUGAAAAAAAUCGAUGAAUACAAUCAAAAAGUAAUUGUUAAUUGUUCAACAACGCCUACUACUUGUCAAUUAAAUCUUAUUAAUGUUGAUCGUUAUCAUACGGGAAUUUAUGAAUGUGUAGCAAUGAAUAUUGUUGGAACAAUUGGUCGAUUUUAUGAACUUGAUGUACAAUAUCCACCAGAUGUUCAUAGUUUAACAGAAGAAUAUUAUCAUUUUAUUGGUGAUGCAGUUAUAUUAGAAUGUUUAAUUGAUUCGAAUCCUGAACCAGAUAUACGAUGGUUACAUAGAUAUUCAAAUGAUAUUAAACAAGAAAUCGAUUUAUCUCGACAAUUUUAUCAAGAACAUUUAGAUAAUAAUAAUAAUCAAGAUAAUCGAAUAUGGUAUAUAAAACAUGAACAGUUAAAUGCAACAAGAUGGAAAACAAAUCUUUUCAUUAAACGUAUUCCAAGACGUUUAUUUAAUUCGAAUUUUAUUUGUCGUGCAAUAAAUCAUCAUGGUGUUGGUGAACAAUCAAUAAAUAUUAUUGAAAAACAUCAUCCAUCAAAAAAACAUCGACAUACAACACCCGAACCAUUCAUUUCAAAUAAUACGACAUUAUCAAGUACAAUAAAAUUUAUUUCACAAACGACAAAUAAUAUUUAUAAUCGAUCAAAAAAACUUUCACCAUAUCGAUAUUAUUUAUUUAUUUUAGGAUUAUAUUCAUUUCUAUCUUCUUUAUAUGUAUAA